AUGGCGUCUUUCUUCGGCUUGACCGCCCUGAACCCCACCGGGGACGCGUUCAGGGCCUCGCGCGCGAACGUCCUCGAGCGCGUGCGCGACGUCCCGCUGGACGAUUACCUCGACGCCUUCGACGCCUUCACGUUGGCGAAGUUGUAUCCGAUCCUCGCGUGGCAGAUACGCGUCAACGGCGAGGCGUUCAUGAAACGCCAAGAGCUCCCGGACCUCUUGAAGACCGUGUUAGGCGGCGCGCCGAAACGCGAGGAGCUCGACGCGUUCCUGACCUUCUUCGACGUCACCGCGUCGGGGCUCAUCGAUCGGCGCGAGUACGCGCGAGGCGUGGAAGCGCUCCUCGAGCGAUGCGCGGCGCCCGCGGCGCAGACGCACUACGUCUCCGCGGAGAAGCUGCGCGCGGACCGAGAAAAGUUCAAGCGGCUGCCGGAUAAGCCCCAGCACGGGUACGCCAAGCCGCUGCUCUCGUCGCAGGUGUUCGGGUGGCACUGCGAGCAGGCGCGCGCGGUGAGCGCGGGCGACGGCGGCACCGCGGCGCUCGGCGUGACGAAAAAGUUUUUCCCGGUGACGAAGACGGACGUGACGCUCAAGGAGGGGAGGUCGCUGGCGGAUUACUACGGCGAGGACGUCGUGUCGUGA